AUGACGACCCGCGAUGCGCGCCGGUCCCCCCGCACCGAUGGGGAGCGUGCCCCGCGCCGGACACGGGGAAACCGCACGGUCACAGGCCCCGGCAGUGAGUGGCGCGCAGGCUUCCGGCCACUGGCUCGCAAGGGCCCGGACGAUCUGACCCAAUGCACGGACCGGCGGCCACACAAACUGACCCGUGGAACACCGCUAAGCAAUGGAACCGUCCGUCCCAUCACGGCUGUUUCCCGGGUGCCUCCAACUUAUGCCCUGUCUUCCCCCGUCUCGGCGCGUGGGCCGGCCCGUCCUCCCCUCUCCCCGGAGCACAUGGGCGGGUCCAUCCUCCCCCGCCCCUGGCGGCUCCCCUGGUGCCAAACAAAGCCCGCCCACGGUCCCCAUGGAAACAACGAGGGACGCCCCGACCACGCAGACGACGAGGUCGAGACUACCGUGUGCUGCCUACCUAGGACGGGCUCCGUCGUAGUCUCAGGUCCGAGGUCCGAGGGCCGGGCCCCCAGGGACAAGGCGGGUGGGGGCCGCUCCCCCAAGGGAGCCUGCGUGAGGCUGCGAGGCCGCGAGCCACGCUCGCGGGACGGACCGUGGUGGAAGGGCUGCGGGGAGCGAGCCGCCGCCCAUUGGCUGGAGAAGGUCAGAAUUCUUGGGGUCUCAGAAUGUGAAGACUCGGAAAGUGUUAGGAAUCCCUCAGAGUCGCAGCUGUUUGUGACCACAAUGAAUCAGGAUGUAAGGCAUGCUGAUUCCCCUGCACGGAGAAGCUCCAAGGAAUGUGCAAAUGCCCCGAAGGUGUCUUUUGUGGAGACCUUAGUGAAGGAUGAUAUUGAUGCUGCUGUCGAGGGCAUGCUGUGCAAAGAAAACUACAUCAUAAAGAAAUUGGACAAGUAUCUGCAGCACCAAGAUUUUUUAAAUGCAAGGAGGAAAGAGAUGCUGCACAAAAGAUGGGUUGAGAACGUGGACUGUCCUCUCCAGCAGAAAAUCAUUGACAAAUUCAGCUCCCCCAGGGAGAUGGAGAAGAAGAAGCGUUUGGAGCCGGAUGGCUACUGGCGAUUCAGGAACACCACGGGUUGGAAACACAGGCAGUUCCCCAACAUCUCAAGGUCAGAAAACAGUUUUCUGCUUGAGGCAUGCUCCCCUCUCACCUCUGUAGACUUUUGCAAGAAGUCUCUACAAUGCAGACAUGACUCCGUGAAUGUGACCCAGGUUACACUCCCACCGUUCCGUGAUCCCCUGUUACAAGCCCAGCAAGACAGGGAUGAGGAGAACAGAGCGAUUCUUCAGUGUGAGACAGGGAAAAUAUAUACCAUGAAGGAAUUUAAGGAAGUGAAGGCCAAGUGGCUUGGGACCCUGCCCCCAUUUUCCUUUGGGUGGCAGGACCGACGGCCAAACUCAGGGCUGGUGGGAGAGGAAAACUGCCAGAAGAGCAGCGCCAGAGCCAAGCUGGGCUCUGCAGGGAGGAUUCGUCUUCCCAGCAGGAAGUACUCCCCAGUCCUGAAGCGCAGGUCGGAGGGUGCACGGGAAAAGGUGGUGGACUUGGUGCUGGGCAUCUCUGGGCUGACACUGGCAGCAUGGAGUACUGUGGACCAAGACAAGGCGGGGAGCUACAAGGCUGCAGAGGCCUGGGCACAUCGCCCCGCACCGCUCAGGUCUGCAACUCGGCCGGCCAGCCAGAAACUGCACUGCAUGUACCUGGAGAAGCCGGCACACCCCUGCACAGGGCCAGGCCCUUCACACAACAUGAGGAGGUCCGCGUGGGUGCCCUCGGCACUGUCCUGAGGAGUCAUCGCAGAUCAAUCUUUCCUCUUCACGUGGGCUAAACUUUAGAAGCAGACCCCAAAGGGGCUUUGCUUGGCAGUGGGCUGUGAGGUGGUGUGUGGGCCCACCAGCCAGCCCCAAGGGAUUUCUGACCUAAGAGACCAGGAGACUCUUCCAUCCCAGCCAUAUCUGGGGGGCCACGGCUUGGGGAGCAUCAGAGGAAAGUGUGCUGGGUGGCCUGAAGGGUCAAAUAAAGCAAGCUGUUUGUCUCUACUACA